AUGCAGAACAUGCAAAGGCGCCUGGGGCGCAUGACAAACAAGCAAUCAGCCGAUGACAGCCAGAUUGCUGUGCUCUUAAAGGACUUUGAUGAUGCGGAUAUGCUGCUGGGCAAGAUAGUCGACUCCACCACAGCCUGGCGCGAUGCUUGGAUUUCCAUCGCAACAUACCAGAGUCGAAUGGUCGAUGAGUUCGAUGGCCUCUACGGUCCUAUUAUGGGCUCCUCGGAGACCCCAUCCAACCACAACCCGGUGGAAACAGACCCAGUCAGACUAGCUCGGACAAAUCGACUACGCAGGGAAUACGAUGAGCUGCGGACUGAUUUGCUGGAGGAGCUCAAUGCUGUCGAGAAUCGCAUGACGCGACCAGCUGCAAAUGCCAAGGAAUCAUUGCUUCCUAUGAAGAAGACAAUCAAGAAGCGCAAUGACAAAAAGUCGGACUUCGAACGCUCCCAGGGCCGUGUCGAUGGGCUCACGAAGAAGCCCAAACGCUCCGAUCGCGAUAAUGUGAACUUAGCCAAAGCAGAGACGGAGCUUGCCACUGCGAAAGAGCUAUACAAAGCUGCCGACGAUGACCUCCGCCAGCGCCUCCCAACCCUGAUCUCCCUGGUCUUCUCGUUGACCCCAUACCUGCUAGAAGCCCAAGUCGAGAUUCAAAAUCGCAUUUUGGCACACUACUAUACAGUGCUACAUACUUACUGUGAAGAAGAGGGAUUCUCAUCCCCACCUCCAUCGAUGGAGCAGAUUGUCCAAGACUGGGAAUACGCCUACAACCCCAUCCAGUCCCAAAUCGAAAGCUUCGGCUGCCUCCAACAAGGCAAAGCUCUGCGCAAAGCAUCAGUUGACCAGUCAAAUGGUAAACGACCCUCAAUAGGUGAUCGCAGGGAAAGCGCCGCCUCCUCAAUCUCCAACCUCUCAGUGCGCAGCCGACCAACAGCUCCAGCUCCAAACUUCGGGCCCAACUCCUGCGUCGCUGAAGACUCACCCUCACCUCCUCUGUCCACAACAACCCAUCACAACGUAACAGUCUCCAGCUCCGGUGCCACAACCCCCCUCUCCACGGGCGGUGGCUCCUUCAUGCCUACCCCGCCAGCAUCCAUGCCAGCAAAACCCCUAGCGCAAGGCGUAAUGCAGUUCGCCCCCGCUGGCCCAAACAUAGAUUACUUCCAGUCUUCGACGACUGCGUCUGCCUCGCCAAGGGGCGGUACACCCAUGGAUACGGCGACUGCAAUUGCCGCAAAGAAGAAGCGUCCUCCCCCACCCCCACCCAAACGUGCCGCGUCGUUCGUAACAGCUCUAUAUGAUUUCAGCGGGCAGGGUGGUGAUGAUUUGGUUUUCCGUGAGGGUGAUCAAAUUCGCAUUGUUCAGAAAUCUAAUAGUACGGAUGAUUGGUGGGAAGGUGAGCUCAGGGGGCGGAAGGGAUUUUUCCCUGCGAACUAUGUGGAGUGA